UUCGGCAGGCUGCAUUUCCGUGAACAGCCAACUACUGCCACUGCUCCCUCGCAAUGACCGCUGCGUUAUAUAGUCUGAUUUACAGAUUACUUCAUUUUUAGCGUAAUGCAAUAUGCUUCGUAGGGACUAUCUUUUGUUUGAAGUGACUGUGCAAGUGGUUCUACUCAGCAUUCAUCUCUGUUCGAUACCAGUAACGUGUCAGGAUAAUCAUGGUGGUGAAACUAAAGUCAGACAUCGACGAACCGUUCAAGGGCCAGGAAACACUUACAUGUGUGAUUGUAGAAGCAAGUCUGGUACACUGAUGUGUUCUGACGAACUGACAGAUUGUGACAAAGACGAACUGUUCUUUGGGGGUUCUUGCUACAAAUUCCUUCGUGAUAACCCAAAGUCCCGUGAUGACGCCCACAGAGACUGCAUUGCUCGUAAUGGCCAUCUUGUGUACAUCGAGUCUGAAGACGAGCAAACAUUCUUGGCGAAUCAUUCCCAAGUUCUCAGAGAUGGCAGCAUUUCUGCAGCUGAUCAUUACUGGAUUGGACUGAUACCAACCACCAACAACACCUGGCUGAAUAGGAGUCUAGCACACAAUGAUCUAUUUGAAUUCUCUCAGAAAAGCAAAGCUGGAUGUUUCUCUCUCGUUAAAUUCGAUGGGAAAUUAAUUUUAAUGGGUGAGAACUGUAACCAGCAACGUCACUUCAUCUGCGAACGGGCCAACGAAUGUUCUUCGUCUCGACAAUGCACUAACCAUAACAGUUCCUGUUACUGGUUUGGUGGUCCAGCGAGACACAUCCCAGCUCAAGAAGACUGCAGUAAUGGGGGUGGUCAUCUGCUGUACAUCCAAUCACAGGCAAAGCUAAAAUACAUUACCAAUCUCUCUGGCUUUAACAACUCUAGAAAGUACUGGAUAGGAUUGGUUACCCAGUACGCUUGGUUGGAUGGCAGCCGAGCAGUCUAUCAAGGUUUCGUGAGGAAUGAUAGAAGCAACAAUGGAGGCAGUCUUUGCUUCAGGUUACGACCACAGGAUGACUUUCUGUGGAAUGACAGGGACUGCAGUAGAAACUCCGCCUAUAUCUGUGAGCGGGAAAUAUCUGGUAAUGUUAGGUCGACUCAGGAAAGGCACCAGGGUUCAGAACCAUGCAGAUCACCCCUUCCUAAUCUCAACCAUCUUGUUGACUCCGUGCCCCUGUGCGUCCGUAGUGGCAGGGAUUACUUUAACAACACUGUUCUCUGUCAAUGCAAUGACGAAACAACUUGCUUGAUUGGGUGUGGCUGUGUACAUGACGUCAUCACAAAUGAGAAUGAGACAGCACGGUGCAGCUGUGGCUCUUGCAGUUUCGCCUUUGACAAGUCCGAAAACGGAAACGGUUUAAGAUGGCCAUCUUACUUUAACUGUACCUGUUCUGAAAAUGGUACUUCCGUUGAUGUGACUGUUGAUGGUGGAAAAUUCACCUGUUUGCUGGAUGACUUGGAAUCUACGACUGAACGAAAGAGCGACGAACCAAAAACUUCCGGGGUGGCCUCAACACCAUCAAGAGAAGAUCAGAGGUCAACGGAGAACACCGCUACUGGAGGGGGUGGAGACUCAGAUGGCCAAGUUGGCAUAUCGGUGGGAAUCCCCGUUGCAGUCAGCCUAGUCGUAUUGUUUUCCUUGGUGGCGCUCGUUGUUGCCUUUAUCUGGUGGCGAAGACGUGGGAAGAGGGCCAAGAAAGGGCCCACCAAACCGCUUACAUCAAAUAUAACCGUUGCUGAGGCCCACACGAUAAAUGUAAAUUCAACAUAUGGAUUGGACGAUGAUGAUGAUCACGUGACUGGAAGUACCUGGAGACCGAUAGGGACUUUAAAUCCACAGCCUGAUGAUGACUACACUGAUAUAAAGCCAAACGAUCAGGCAGCCAGCGAAUCAGAGUGUUACGCCACUAUUCAGUCUAAUGGAUACACUCCUGACAAGCCCAAGGAUAAAAGGGACCUCCACAAAGCCCUACAUGGCACCAAAGAUAGCAACGAAGCCAAGAAUACUCCCACACCGGCUACUGGAUACGCUGCUUACAAACCACAGCGUGGAAAUGAUGUGUACACAGACCUCAAGAAAACUCAGAAUGAGGCUGACAGUGAUGACGACCCAGCGGUUUACACCCUAAUCCCAAACAACAGUUCGAAACCAGAUAAAGAUGACAGUGAGAACGAGUAUGUACAACCAGAGAACAAGGCACCACCAGCUGGUCAGCGGAUUGGUGCUGGGGUCUCCAAGGCAACUAAUCCGCAACUCAUGCUAAAAAACCUGACGAAGGACAGCGAGUACGUGGACGUAGAUGCUCCAGCUACAGCUGUUGGGGAUUCUGAUCAAAAGGGGCGUAGCGAUUAUGUUGACGUAGAUGCUCCUGCGGUUGUGUUCAGUGAUGUCAGUACACCAGCGAUACAAAGCAAGCAGCCCAUGGGAAGCAGUGGGUACGUCAGCGUGGAUGGUCCUUCGACAAAACUGCCUGAAAGCCAAGAUCACAACUACUACCAAGUAGAGAAUCCCUCUGAUAAUGAUGAAGGCGGCUACAGUCUGGCGAGUGCGCCUACAGAUAACGCAUACGACACCUUUAAUCGCUCUCAACGCCCAAGUUUGAAUGUCCCAAUUAAUGACGGUAUCUACCAGCUCACUGAUAAUCCAGAGGGCAGUGAAUACAAUACUUUCAAUCGCGCAGGCAAUCGACGCCCGAGUAAGUAUGUUGGAAGUGACGACGGCGUCUACAGCGUUACAAACCCACCAGGGCACAAUGAUUACAGCACCUUCAAUCGUUCAGGUGAUCGGCGCCCGAGUGAGAAUGUCCCAACUGACGACGGCGUCUACAGCGUUACUAACCCACCAGGGGACAAUGAAUACAGCACCUUGGAUCGUUCAGGCGAUCGGCGCUUGGGCCAUAAUAUCCCUAUCGAUGAAGGUGUAUACAGCCUCACAGACCUGCCUCCAGGCAAUGCGUAUUCUAUCGUUAACUGUAGCGGCCUAAAACCACGGCCUAGGAUACCGGCGGUAACUAACGAAAAAUGAAUACUCUAACUACCUUGAGCUGUCAAUUAAAAAAAAGACUUGUUUUUGAAACAUGAAUGUUACCUAUAAAGCAACCUCUUAGAGACCCCCCAGACGGUUAUUUCUUUAAUUAGUCGAUUUAACUUCAGUGUUAUGCGAUUAUUCUCAGUGGAAUACACUUGUUUAAUGAAACCGAAAAUUGUUUUGUUCCAUUUCGGUAAAAUCUUUGUAUGCUACGUUUGUAAAAUCCUACUAAUUAGAAUUUUGUGGAUAUAUCACUUUUGAAAACAUAAUCAGACGAUGAGUUGUUAUCUGGUCAAUCGCAUUUCAAAGAACAGAAAUUAUUUGUUGGAAAUGUUACAAUAGCAAAGCCAAAGGAUUUGGUGCAGCACUUUUUAUGAGCCAUUUGAAAGGUUUUAAACUUGUGAUGAGUUGAUUUCAGUUCAGAAUCAACGCUUAGAUGGGAUCAAAAAGAAAAGGUGUCAAAAACAGUUGCAUAAAGAAUUAAUAAGUAUCUUUUACUUAAUAUAUAUAAAUUUGUAUCUCAAAUAUAAUGGUUAGAAAGUUUAUAAUUUCAAAUUGCAACGAAUUAAACAUUGUGUAUAAUGAAAAGAUAUUUUUAGCGCAGAUAAUAUAGAUCUCUAGGUUGUACUAAAUCAUAUAUACCAAAAUUGUUUAGAAAACAAAAGAAAAAUGACAUUCGGACGUUUUGUUAGCAGAGCAGAUUUCCUUUUGCUAUUUGUAGAUUUAGGUUGUAGAUUACCUUUUCUCAUAUAAAAACCAGAGUGUUUCUUUUUAUAUAAACUGCAGGACAAAAUACCAACGACUCGUUAUGGGACUGUUCUACUUUUCUGCUUAUAGAUUAUGUAAGAGAGAGAGAGAUUACUUGGCACACGUGGUGGGAUAAUUUCUGAAAAGUCAUUCUUGUGGGGAGUGUGACAUGUAGGGUCAAAGGUCUCACUUCAAGUAGGGGGGGUGCACAUAAUGUCAGUGACUUAAAAUUGGCGCGGAAACACGGUGUGGUCUCGCUCUGUGGCCAGGCUCCGAAUAAGCCUGAGUGGAACUCUAGGAAUGAUCAAGAAAAAAAAAGAAUUAAACCAAAGAGAGAGGAAUCAUAGAACCGUAA